UUUUCCUCCAUAAGCGGAGUCGUACCCGUCCAACUGUUGAUCGAUCGCCGUUGCUACAGCAGGCGCUUUGUCACCAAUAGCAACAACUUCGUCCUCGUUCUUCACAUCCGACUCUCCCAGAUCAUGCGAUGGCGGAGCAAAGUACCCUUGGUCCCACAUGGCUUUGUACAACGCUCCGACAGUAUACUCUGGUUUCAAAGUCGGGUCCUGCUCAUCGUACUUGGGGGCCGUUUCGCACACACUACCGCUAAGCACCAACUUGCCCUUCGUUGCAAAUGGCUGAGGCUCGAUGGGAUUGCCAAUGGAUCCAUACAGGUAUCGGCCUCGGUACCUGGGCGUUCAAUCUCCGCAUCCAGACUUAAGAAAAGUAAAUACUCACCAAUACGCGAUGCCAGUCCGAAUUGGAUGAAGGCCGCUGAAGCCUUGGAUGUGAACAAGCAUCUUGUCGGCUUGCUCCGGCUUGACAACCUCGGCGGCCAAUUCGUCGGAUCUCUUGCCUCUCGCCAUCGCGUCGGCCGGCGGGAGCGGUUGCGACUGGAGACGACUGAAUGCCUGGAUCAUGGUUUGGGUUGAGGUUUUAGGCGUUGUUUGUAGAGCGCGUUCUCUACCACGUGACGCUCUCCACCGGUUUUGGCACUCUUUGUUCGAUCUCCAACUAAGCUUUGGAGGACAGGAAACGAUCACUAGGUAAGCGGGUACUCAGUUCAGUGUAGAUGACGCCUGGAUUGCGAGCGGAAAAAGCGAAAUCAAUCAGUAGUUUCGAGAUGAAGCAGCGUAAACAGCAACGAUCCACUGCGCCAGCAACACCAUCGGACUUCGCGAGUGAAUGCAAACGGAUCC